AGGAAUGCAGCACCAUGCGCUGCCUGGCCCGCCUCAGCUCCAAGGCGCUGCUGGUUCUCUGCGCGCUCCUGGCGCUGCUCUCGCUGCUCCUCUGGAGCCGCUGCUCCCACCAUUCCCAAACCCCGGCACGGCCCCCGGAGCGCCCCGAGGACGAGGAGGAGGAGGAAGCCUCGCCCCGGGACGCUCCGGGAAUCCCGGGAAGCGCCGGGAAAGCGGCGCCGCGCUACGAGGAGAUCGACUGCGUCAUCAACGAGGAGCAGACGGUGAAGGGGCGGCGCGAGGGCUCCGAGGUUUUCCUGCCCUUCAGCUGGGUGGAGAAAUACUUCCAGGUGUACGGCCGAAUCACGGGAUCCGACGGGAACGAGCGCUUCGAGUUCUCCCACAGCUACUCCAAGGUGUACGCGCAGCGCGCGCCGUACCGGCCCGACGGCGUCUUCAUGUCCUUCGAGGGCUACAACGUGGAGCUGCGCGACAGGGUCAAGUGCAUCAGCGGGGCUGAAGGUGUUCCCAUUCCCAAUCCUUUCCCAUUCCCAAUCCUUCAUUCCGGACCCAUCCAGCUGAAACCUCCCCAUGACCCUGAACCCAUCCAAGGGCUGCCCUAAAUCCUCGGGGAUCUCCCCCAAACCCCGAACCCUUCCUGCCGGGAUCCUCCCCGCGCUGAUCCCUUUUCCCGGGACGGGGCGUGGGGCUCAUCCCUUUCAGAAAACUCCGAGGGCGUUUCCCUGGAGCUGAACAACGGCCGCGAUUUCAUCAUCUCCUUCGACCUGAAGCUGCAGGGCAACGGCAGCGUCUCAGUGCUGCUGGAGACCACGGAGCGGGGCCGGCCGCUGGCCGUGCGCUACGCGCCGGGGGCGCCGCUGCUGGCGCUGCGUGACGGCGACGUCGUCUACGGCAUCGGCGGCGCGGGCGGCGGCUGGAGGCGGCUGACGCGCGACCUCCUGACCGACCUGCGCAAGGGGCUGGGGCUCUCGCGCACCAAGGCCGUCAAGCAGACCAAGGUGGCCCCCAAGAGGCUCCUGCGCUUGGUGGCCAAAGGCCGCGGCUUCCUGGACAACGUGACGGUGGCGGCCAGCGCGCACACGGCCGCCUUCUUCGCCGCCAGCCGCUGGCUGCUGCGCAACCAGGACGAGCGCGGCGGCUGGCCCAUCGGCGUCACCAGGAAGCUGGGAGAAGGUUUCAAAUCCCUGGAGCCGGGCUGGUACUCGGCCAUGGCGCAGGGCCAGGCCAUGUCCACGCUGGUCAGGGCGUACCGGCUGACCGGGGAGCCGGCCUUCCUGAGCGCCGCGCUGCGCGCCACCGCGCCCUUCAAGCUGCCGGCGGAGCGGCGCGGCGUCAAGGCGGUGUUCAUGGAGCGGCACGACUGGUACGAGGAGUACCCCACCACGCCCAGCUCCUUCGUGCUCAACGGCUUCAUGUACGCCCUGAUCGGCCUCUACGACCUGAAGGAGACGGCGGGCGAGGAGCGGGGCCGCGAGGCGCGGCUGCUCUACGAGCGCGGCAUGGAGUCGCUGAAGGCCAUGCUGCCGCUCUUCGACACCGGCUCCGGCAGCGUCUACGACCUGCGGCACUUCACGCUGGGCACGGCGCCCAACCUGGCGCGCUGGGAUUACCACACCACCCACAUCAACCAGCUGCAGCUGCUCGCCUCCGUGGACGACGCGCCCGUCUUCAGGGAGUUCGUCAAGAGGUGGAAGAGUUACCUGAGAGGGGGCAGAGCCAAGCACAACUGAGAGCCGGGGAUGGAGAGGAGAGUGGGGCCGAGGGACGGCGGGGAUCGGGAAUGUGGAGGGGGAGCGGUGACAGAGUUCCCAAAAUAAAGGAAAAAUGGGAUUUUGGGAUUGCUGCGGGGAAGUCAGGGCAGAGAGGUCCCAAAAACAAGGAAAAACGGGAUUUGAAGUUGCUUCAGGGAAGUGGCAGCACGGCAUGGAGAGGUCCCAAAAUAAAGGAGAAACUGGGAUUUGGGAUUGCUCCGGGGAAGUCAUGACAAAGAGGUCCCAAAAACAAGGAAAAACAGGAUUUGGGAUUGCUGUGGGGGAGCAGUGACAGAGAGAUCCCAAAAUAAAGGAAAAACUGGGAUUUGGGAUUGCUCCAGGGAAGUCAUGACCCGGCACGGAGAGUUCACAAAAACAAGGAAAAACUGGGAUUUGAAAUUGCUUCAGGGAAGUCGCAGCCUGGCACGGAAAGUUCCCAAAACCAAGGAAAACUGGGAUUUGGAACUGCUGCAGGGAAGUGAUGACAGACAAUUCCCAAAAACAAGGAGAAACCGGGAUUUGAAAUUGCUCCGGGGAAGUCACGGCCCAGCAUGGAGCGUUCCCAAAAUAACAGAAAAACUGGGAUUUGGAACUGCUGCAGGGAAGUCGUGACAGAGAGUUCCCAAAAUAAAGGAAAAACCGGGAUUUGAAAGUGCUCCGGGGAAAUCGUGGAAUCACAGCCGUGCACGGAGCGUUCCCAAAUAACGGCGGGCGCUGAAAGUGCUCUGGGAAAAUCGCCGCUCCCAUUCCCGGCGCGGGAAGAUUUGGGAUCGGGACGUUCCCGCCUGGAGCUCCGGGCAGGGAUUUGUUGGGAUUGGUUUUGCCCUUUUCAAGGAAAAGGUUUUGCAGGAGCCACAGAAACCUUGGAAUUGCAGCCCAGAGAGCUCAUCGGGGGCCUCUCCCAGCGGGAUUUGGCUCCAUGUGGGAGCAGCUCCCGCGGGAAGCGCUCGGAGCCGGGGGGGGCUGUUCCUCGGGAUUGGCCUUUUCAGGAUGAGAUCCGCGCUUGGAAUUCUCUGCCCUGAGAUCCUGGAGCUGCUGGAGGGAUUUUUCAUGGAAAACAUGUGGCCGGCGUCACGGAAGCACAACUGGGAGCCUGGAGCAAACAGCGCUGGGAUCCGUAUCCCGGUCACUGGAAUUCCCUGGGAAUGGGAUCCCGUAUCCCGGUCACUGGAAUUCCCUGGGAACUGGGAUCCUGUAUCCCAAUCACUGGAAUUCCCUGGGAAUGGGAUCCCGUAUCCCGGUCACUGGAGUUCCCUGGGAAUGGGAUCCCCUAUCCCAAUCACUGGAAUUCCCUGGGAACUGGGAUCCCAUAUGCUGGAUCUCCGCGUUUUCUAUAGGAUUUUGGAAUUCCAUCUGGAGAUUCCUCAGAGCUCUGGGGACGUUUUUGGGAAUGGCUCAAGCGGGACCUGGAGUCCCUCAGGAUAUUCGGGAAUUCGGGAAUCGCCAUUUUUCUCCUGCUCCAGCCCAUCCCGCCUUUUCCCAGCUCCAUCCCAGAGGCUUUUCCAGCUCUCCCUGGGCUGGAAUUCCUGGAGAAGCCACCUCUGGAUCCCUGGGACGUGGAGCAGCGGGAGCUCCCUAUGGAAUGGGAUGAGCUUUAAGGUCCCUCCCCCAAACAUUCUGUGAUCCCGUGAUCCCCCUGCUGCCUGAUCCCGGGAUUUGGGAAUCCCCGGCGCUCCCGUCCCACGGCGGAGCUCAUCCCGAUCCCAAAAUCCCGGGAUUCGGGACAACGCCCGUCUCCGUCUUCCCGUCCCUUUCAUUUUUGGAGGCUUUUCCUUCAUUUCCCGCCCGUCCUGGAGUGACUUUUCCAUCCUUCCCAAAAAAUCCCCCUCCAUCCUCCCCCUGCCUGUUCCUUCCGUCGUUUUCCCGCUUGGAAAACCGGGAGAGGCUCCGGGUUGCCUUCGGUGCCUUUCGAAGGCCGGAAUUCCCCUCAGGUGGGAUUUUUUGGGAAUUGGUGCCGGUUUUCCCGCUCCGGAAGUUUGGGAUGGGCGUUCCAAGGUUGUCCUUCCGUCUCUUCCCAGAGGAGCUCCCGGGAAUCCCCAGAGGCUGCGAUUCCAUGGGGAAUCCGCCGGGAAUUCCCAAUAUUCCUUCCGUUCCCUCGUGCGUCGGAAGAGGAUCCUUGGCCGCGGAGCCUCAGAACUUCACGGAAUCCAAAAAUUCCUCAAAACUUCAUGGAAUUCCUUCCAGUUUGGGAUCUCUUUGUUCAUUCCCAGCUUCAAAUUCCCGGAGAUCUUCGGGACCAAGGUCAGCUUUGAUCCCGGAUUUUCCGUUGGCUCUUCCCACGGGAUCUGCUCGCCGGGGCUCCCCCACCCCAACAGCACAAGCACAACCCUCCCAGGGAUCCGGAAUUCCCAGGGAUCCGGAAUUCCCGGGGAUCCGGAAUUCCCUGGAAUCCAGACAUUCCCUGGGAUCCGGAAUUCCCUGGAAUCUAGACAUUCCGUGGGAUCCGUAAUUCCCUGGGAUCCAGCAUUGCCUGGAAUCCGGAAUUCCCUGGAAUCCAGACAUUCCCUGGGAUCCGGAAUUCCCUGGGAUCCGGAAUUCCCUGGAAUCUGGAUUCCCUGGAAUCUGGCGUUCCCUGGAAUCCAGACUUUCCCUGGAAUCCAGAAUUCCCUGCAAUCCUCUCAUUCCCUGGAAUCCUCUCAUUCCCGUUCUCCUCCUCCUCCUCCUCCCCGGGCGUGGCUUGGCUGGGAUUUCGUUGGAUUUCCCGGGAUUUUCCCCAUGGAAAAUAUGCAAUAAUGGUUUUCCCGGCUGCUCCGGGCCGGCCGCUCCUCCGGGAAGCUCUGGAAGCACAAAGUGCUCGGGAUUCGUUUUGUAAUUCCGCCCCUCCGGAAUAUUUUUUCUUUUUUGGCGGGAAGAGGUUCUCCUCCGUUUCUGCGGGACACCGGGAAUGCUCGGGAAGCUUUCUAAGAAUGGGAAAUAAAUUUUUUUAUCUUAAGGAAAAAAAAAAAAGAAAAAUUCCUGG